GCGAGGGAAGCGAGACGGCACAGCACGUCCUCCUUCCCUGCAAGGCUACCUCCUGGGCGUAGGGAAUCUCCUGAUUGGCCGGAGGACCUGCCGGGCCCCCAGUUAAAGUGCAGCCGCGGAGCUGUGAGGAAGCUUGGGAGAAGGGAGAGCUGCUUCCCGCCGCAUCUGUUAGACCGGCUGCUGGAGCUGGAGGGCAGGCAACGAGAUCCCCUGCAGAAUGGGAAGCAGAAUCACUUUCUUUGAGGUGGAAAUUCUUGACUGGAAGACAAAACAACAGCUCUGCUUCCUGGAAAAGGUUGAGCCACACACUACAAUAAGUGACAUCCAAGUGAUGUUCCACAAGAUGUAUCCUCAGUGGUAUCCAGCAAGACAAUCUAUAAGGCUUGACCCUAAAGGAAAAUCCCUGAAGAAUGAGGAAAUCCUCCAACUGCUCCCAGUUGGCACAACUGCUACUCUGUAUUUUAAAGAUUUAGGGCCGCAAAUUGGAUGGACAAUGGUAUUUUUGAUAGAAUAUACAGGCCCAUUGUUCAUCUAUUUUGUGUUUUAUUUCCGUAUGCCUUUUAUCUAUGGCCUGGAUGACAGAUUUACUUCAAGCCGACAUCCAGUAGUUAACUUGGCAUGUAUCUGCCAUUCUUUCCACUACAUCAAAAGGUUGAUUGAAACAAUAUUUGUUCAUCGGUUCUCCCAUGGGACUAUGCCACUGAGGAAUAUUGUUAAGAAUUGUUUCUAUUACUGGGGAUUUGCUGCCUGGCUUGCUUUUUAUAUCAAUCACCCUCUUUACACACCACCAUAUUAUGGACAAAAACAAGUCAACUUUGCUCUGAUCAUGUUCCUGACAUGUGAAGCUGGAAACUUUUCUAUCCAUGUUACACUUAGUAAUCUGAGAAGAGAUGGGAAAAGAUCCAAGACCUGUAAGAUACCUUAUCCAACGAAGAAUCCAUUCACGUGGCUAUUUUAUUUUGUGUCAUGCCCUAAUUAUACCUAUGAGCUGGGAACAUGGAUUGGUUUUACUAUCAUGACUCAGUGCGUUCCAGUGGGAUUGUUCACCUUGCUGUGUUUCAUUCAGAUGACAGUCUGGGCAAAGGACAAACACUACACUUAUAUACGAGAGUUCAAGGAUUACCCUAGUUUUAGAAUGUCCAUCAUUCCUUUCUUACUGUAAGAGCCAUAUUUUCCCCCUCCUGAAUUACAAGCAGCAAAAUGGAUGGGCCUCCAAGAAGGCUAUUGGCAAAGGAGCCAGGCUAUGAAGAUAAUUUAGGUUGACUAUUUCAGAUGCAUGUUAAUGCUGUGCUACAGUGAGAAGUUCUGGGUGCUCAAAAGCCACACUUCCCUUUCUGAUAUGCGGGUUUUAGCCUUGACUCCUCUUUUUCAUCUUAUUGCCUUAAGGGUCAUGAAAAGUGUUCAGAUUUUAUUGCAGUUUGAUCAGCCAAGGUAACAGAUGCUUUUGAUGCUGCUUUGGAUUGGACUCUGAGGCAACAAAAUCAUGCGAAUCCAUACUGCAUCCAAAAGAGAAAAAGUUUUAUUGUGAACUGCCCGGAGUCCCCUGUAUAGGGGAGAUGGGUGGUGAUAAAAAUAUGAUAAAUAAAUAUAAAUAAUUAAAAUGAAGGUUGCAUCAGGUAGAAGGUGCUUGCUGUAGCAAGUAGUAUAGGUCAUUUAUGGGAAAUCUCCAGCCUACAGGCCUAAUCUGGUUUAUUUGGCUGGCAUGUUGCAGCUGCGGGGCUUUGGCCUUAAUCUAACCUGCAUUGAACCCUGCCCCAUCCCCCAAGGGCCCCUCCCACCACUGCCCUGCUGAUGGGAAGUACAUCCAGUGCAUGACUUCCCCAGGAAAACAAAUGCAGACCCACUGCAGACAAAUGGUCCAAGAGCUACCUUUUGCUUAACCCCAAACUGGAAGACUUUCAGCAGCUCCAGCCAGCUUGUCCCCGUGCUGUGUUGUCCUUGACUGGGAAAUGUGCACGCUGGACAUAAGCAUCUGUUCCUAACCAUAAUGACGCUGAAGUGACUUAUCAAAAUAUGCAUUGUGAUAUCACAAUGCAAGCUCCACAUCUUCAUACUUGCACAGUAACAUCCCACAAAAGUACAUAGAGAAAGAGUUUACACUGCAAGGCACAUUUCUUCACUCUUGUCCCAUCCCCUGUGGAUGCCUAUGUAUGCUGGACAAUCACAAGAGCAACACGGGGCUUUUCUUGGAGAAAACACACAGUGGAAAACUGUUCCAUGGGAUUUAUGACUCCCCUUAGUCCUGGAUGGAGAACAGUAUUUUUCCCCAUUCUCCUGCACAGAAAAGGAGCUUCUAUUUCUCUAUUUUAAACUCCACAUCCUGAAAUUAUAAUCCAUUGGGCCAAAGAGACUAGCCCAGGACUGGAUCCAAUUCCCAACCCUAGUGUAGAUGAACAUUUUACAUGGAACUAGAGUAGGACCACAAAGAAAAUACACUAAGAAUAAUUAUCUGAUGCAGCUGUUGUGUGGCCGUACCAAUCAGCCACUCAGAAUUGGUUAUGACUGAGGGAGCAAUUAAACCUAGUAAGAUAAGUUUGUGUGGAGAUUGCGUGUACAAAUAGUCCCAAUAUAGGUAGUCCUCGGAUUACAACAGCAGUUGGGACUGGGAUUGCCGUCACUGAGCGAUGCAGUCGUAAAGCAUGAUGUCACAUGACCGCAUCACUUAGCAACAGCAAUCCAGGCAGUCCUGGUUGCUAUCGUAACCCCAAGAUGCAAGGGUCAUUAAGCAGGAAGCUGAAGGAGUCCCAGGUAAGGAGCGCACGGGGGGUAGGGGAAGCC